AUGGCCGAACGUCUCGGUUCUAUCCUCAAGCACCUGUCGCCAGGUGGCAAUGCUGUUUCCACCUUAACAUCCAAACACCCCGACGACAUUGUCAUCACGCUUGCCAUCCGCACACCGCUCACCAAAGCUCGCAAGGGCGGCUUCAAGGACUCGUCGCUCGAAUACAUUGUUUAUGCAUUGCUCAAAGAAGUUAGGGAGCGUAGCAAGAUUGACCCCGGCCUGGUCGAGGAUGUCUGCUUGGGCAACGUGUCCGAUGGGAAGGCAGCAUACAAGCUGCGUACCGCCUCGCUGGCAGCGGGCUUCCCCAACACAUCCAGCGCCUCAACGGUGAACCGGUUCUGCUCGUCCGGCCUCAAGGCUACGGCCGACAUUGCAAACGCAAUCAGCGCGGGCAACAUCGAGAUCGGCGUGGCCAUCGGGGCUGAGUCCAUGUCGGCCGGGGGAGAUGCGGUGGACCAGCCGUUCGACGAGCUGGUGACGGGCAAGAACCAGGAGGCUGCUGAUUGCGUGCAGCCCAUGGGCUGGACCAGCGAAAACGUCAGCCGCGACUUUGGCAUCCCGCGCGAGGAGAUGGACCGGUACGCCACCGAGAGCUUCCGUCGCGCCGAGGAGGCACAAAAGGCCGGACUCUUCGACGACGAGAUCGUGCCCAUCAAGACACAUGUCAAGGAUGCCGAUGGGGUCUGGCAAGAGGUCACGCUGACCCGUGAUGAGGGCAUCCGGCCCGGCACCACGUUCGAGGGACUGUCCAAGGUCCGCGCGGCCUUUCCGCAAUGGGGCCCGACCACGACUGGCGGCAAUGCCAGCCAGGUGACAGACGGAGCCGCGGCUGUGCUCCUCAUGAAGCGCUCGACAGCUGUUCGCCUGGGCCAGCCCAUUCUGGCAAAGUACGUGGGCAGCACGACAGCCGGUGUACCGCCACGGAUCAUGGGUGUUGGCCCGACGGCGGCCAUCCCGAAGCUGCUCGCCCAGCACGGCCUGACCCUGGCAGAUAUCGACGUCGUCGAGGUGAACGAGGCAUUUGCCAGCAUGGCCGUCUACACUCGUGACAAGCUCAGCCUCGACUGGGCCAAGAUGAACCCGCGGGGCGGUGCCAUUGCGCUUGGCCACCCGCUGGGCGCCACAGGAGCGCGCCAGAUUGUCACGGGCCUCAGCGAGCUGCGGCGACAAGACAAGAAGGUCCUGCUGACCAGCAUGUGCAUCGGCACGGGCAUGGGCAUGGCCGGACUGUUUGUCAACGAGCAAUAG